UUCAAAUCGAAGUCGUACUCGGAAUCGGCGCUUUCAGUCAUUGUUUUCGAUUGUCAAAAUAGUUAAUCCAAGAAAGCCAAAUACGAAAGUAGCAACUGCGCGAUAUCUAGAUCGAACCCAAAACAGCUGACGUAAAUAAUAUCGCGAACACCCGCUGAGUUUACGAGGCGGCUUCGAAGCUCGAUCAAACGGCUCUCGCUAGCUAGUUCUCCAUUGCUGGUAUCUCUACCUGGUAUCUCUUUGGUAUGGAAAGGUGCUUACUACUCAGUGUAUAGAUAUAUUGGUGCUGCUGAAUUCGAUUACUGUUUUCCCUCUGAUACAAUACGCAAUGAUGUUUCUAGACUGCAUCAAAUCUCUGUUCUCUUACCCACCGAGGGCGUACAUUGGUUCAUAUAAAUCGACAAAGAGGCAUUUGUUAACAUCAUCAAGAAUCCGCACAAUUUACACGAGAAGCUGCGCUAUGCAACAACAUCUCGAGAGCAAGGAGUACACUAAAUUUCACAAGUUCUUGAAGAGCGUCCUCCGGAACAUCCCAAACAACUACCCGAGAUCCUAUCAUUUAAAGGAGUUCGGUUGGAAUGAUUUUAACAAAAUUGGAAGCAUUCAUUCCCACUGCCACGUUGGCAACAUUCAACUUGCCUCUUAUCAGCAUUGGCCAUCGCUUGAUGAGGGCAACGACUUAUCUUUCUUUGGUCGCAGUCUCACUUUAAACUUCCUUCCUGCAUACCACGAUACGGACUUCGUUUCUCGUCCAGUCAGGUACGAUUCGUACAUAACCUUUCUGGGAAGAACAGCUAUAUACGUCGGCACUGAUCUCCGAGACGCAGAGUCCGAGGCUCUCUAUCUGUCCAGCCUUAUGCAGUGCAUAGCGGUGGAUGUCAACAAAAGAACGCCCGUCCGCAUCGGCUCCGAGAUCAUCAAGAAGUAUGUCGACGACAAGACAACCAUGAAGACACCACCGCAGAGACAUCAGUUCUUACCCUUGCAGCCUGGCAAUGGUGAUGUCUUCAGGUGGACGACUACAGUGCAGUGGAGUGAUGUUGAUUACAAUAGACACGUUAACCAAACACCGUAUCUGCGAUUCAUGUAUGAUGCAGGGAGUUCUGCAGCUGUUGCCGGGUUCCUCAGGUCGUUUCAUCAUGAGCUAAUCCACUACAAACUGAAAACAUACACUGUGGAAUAUAUGCAGGAGAUACGUCUGGGAAAAGAAGUAGAAGUUGUGUGCUGGGAGAUGGAUGAUAACCCAGGUACAAUUCAUUUCGAAGUCCAGGUUGGAGACCACACUGUCACUAGAAGCCAUCUGAUUUUCGAUGUACAGCCAUCUGCAAAACUUUAGGACCACCCAUACAAAUGACUUACAAUAAUUUUUGGUAAUGAACCCAGGAAUUAUAUGAACUUAUUCCUCGCUCACGUCACCAUGUUCACAGAGUUGUCAAUUUGUGUUUGACAUUCAAUAGGUAAUGCACAAGGCUAUUGAAAUUGCCUAAGGUUAAUUUUUUUUAAAGUAGUUGUAUAUCGUGUUAUGAAUCCAAAACAAUCUUAUUUUGAUCGGCUUUGGCUCAAACAUUCAUUCGCCUGGCCAGAUUGAUUUACGGUAAGAAGAUUGACUUUUUAAUUAUUUGAAUCAAUAAUCAAAACUUCAUUUUAAUCUGUUCAUAAUAGCUUUCUUACAAUGUGCCUAUUUAGAUGUAUGUAUUCCAUUCUUGUCUUUCAACCUUCAAGGAGGGGUGCUUGAAUUCUUUUAUACCAACCUUUGACCAAGUGAUCGUACAUCAUAAACUCUCUCAUGGCUGUGAAAUGUCAUGUUUUGGCCAAAUUGAUAGCUUCUACUCAGAAUAUGUGUGAGUCAUACUUCUUUGAAGUACAAAGUUUGUAAACAUAUAAACUUCUUACUUUCUUGUUGUGGAGAUAUCGAUUAGAAAUAGAUAGAUAUUGGAUUGAUCUUUUCGUCAUAAAACAGUUCAAUUUUGACCUGUUACAAUAUGAUAGGUUAUCAUCUGCCUUAGCCAAACACGGGCAUGUUAUACGAGUUUUCAUGGAUUUAAGCAAGGCAUUUGAUACCCUCGAUCAUGACAUACCUUUACACAAGCUUUACCAUUACGGGAUACGUGGUGUAUUUCCUAUUAGAUUCUUCAUUCAUCUAGAGCGGUGAAAACAGCCCGACCGAGUGUGAUGUCCACUUAGAGGCUGUUCAAACCGCAAUGAGAUAGCGCGGUCUAUCGUAGCAC